CGGGCCGUGGGAAAAAUUGGAAUUCCAAUGUGCAGCAAGUGUACACACAACACAAGGAGAGUGAAAAGGGACAAGUGUGACAAACAAACAACUGAAAGAUCCGUGGUUGUGUUUAUUUACUUUCGAGCAGGAAUCGCGUGCCGCCUAACUUUAAUCCCGAUUGAUUCGUCAUCUGAGGACGGCCAAAGGAGGGAGGCCAUCUAGCGGUUCUCCGGGACGACUUGUUGCUGUCGCGUUUAACGCUGUGGUACUUGGGAUUGGCUGGCUGGUUCUCAUACGUCCUGGAGCCGCGGCGGAGCUAGGACUCGCAGUCUCUCUCCGACCGCAACGAACGCGCGAAAAUAAUCGCAAAAAAAACAAAACAAUAACAAACGACGGUGAAUUGUGUUUUCGUGCUUCAAAGAAGAAAAUCAACAAGUUUAUUUUAUUCCAUUGGCUUUGGAAAUCCUUAGUAGCCGCAGUGCUAAAAAAGCGGAGCUCGCAUUUCUGCCACAUUUCCGACCCGGAUGGAUAGUCACGUCAGUGGAUCUAAUAAGAAUUAAAAGAAAUAAGAAAAUUCCUCUACUCGUCGUAGAUUUAAAAUGGAUUCCAAAUUCAGUCUACUCGUACUCAUCGUUGUCGCCGCAACUUGCUUAACAAACGUAGUUAGCGGGAAAACGACGAUUAUCAAAUCGCAUCGGAGCAGACUGGCGUCCACUAGGAACACUGUGCGAAACAGUUCGGUGGUUUACGGCCAAUCCCGCGUCUCGCAUCGAACGGAAGAGGCCAACACAAUCAGAACGUCAUCUGGGGCUGCCGUAUCGAUGGCGGAUCGGAUCCAUCCGCUAUCUGAUUUGGCCCUGCACGAACCAGGUGUUGUGUCACAAAGGCCGCAUCCCUGCGAGCAGAGUUCGUGUUACCCGGCAACAGGCAAUUUGUUGCUCGGCAGAGAAAUGCGGCUUUCAGCCACAUCCACCUGUGGUCUCCAAAAGAAGGAAAAAUAUUGCAUCGUGUCUCAUUUGGAAGAUAAGAAAAAGUGUUUUUGGUGCGACUCGCGGCCCGAACAGGUCAACAGUCCCAGCAGCCAUCACAUUCAAAACAUCCUCUACAGAUACACUCCCACGUCUCGCCGACGCUCUUGGUGGCAGGCACAGAAUGGUGUUGAGAACGUCAGCAUCCAGCUGGACCUGGAAGCCGAAUUCCACUUUACUCACUUGAUCAUGACCUUCAAGACUUUCCGGCCGGCCGCUCUCCUUAUUGAGCGAUCCUACGAUUUCGGACGCACCUGGAAGAUCUACCGCUACUUUGCCUAUAAUUGCGCUGAAUCAUUCCCGGGCAUUUCGCGUGAACCGCCACGCAACCUGACGGAAGUGAUUUGCGAAUCGCGUUAUUCGGGCGUCGCUCCUUCUACAGAAGGUGAGGUCAUCUUCCGUGUUCUGCCGCCCAACUUGCCCAUCGACGAUCCUUACUCGCAAGAAGUUCAGAAUCUGCUCAAGAUGACCAAUUUGCGCGUUAAUUUUACGAAACUUCAUACCCUCGGCGAUGAUUUACUUGACAAUAGGGAGGAGAUCCAGGACAAGUAUUACUAUGCCAUCUAUGAUAUGGUUGUGCGAGGUUCGUGCUCAUGCUACGGUCACGCUUCGCGGUGUUUGCCCUUACCAGGCGUUGACCAGCGGACGGACAUGGUUCACGGCCGUUGCGAAUGUACCCACAACACCAAAGGUCUCAACUGCGAGCAGUGUGAAGAUUUCUACCACGAUCUGCCCUGGAGGCCGGCCAUCGGUCGACAGACCAACGCUUGCAAACGCUGUAAUUGCAACCACCACUCUGACCGGUGUCAUUUCGAUCCGGCCGUCUACGAAGCCACUGGCCGUAUUUCUGGAGGUGUUUGCGACGAUUGCGAGCACAACACUAUGGGCCGCAAUUGCGAACAGUGCAAAGCUUUCUUCUACCAGGACCCGACAAAAACGAUUAGCGAUCCCGACGUUUGUUUGCCGUGCGAUUGCGACCCUAGUGGAUCGUUAGACGAUGGCAUUUGCGAUGCGCGAUCUGAUCCUUCUGGUGGAAUUCAGGCCGGCCAAUGUCAUUGUAAACGUCACGUGGAAGGCCGCCGCUGCGACCAAUGCCAACAUGGAUAUUGGAAUUUUACCGAGGAAAACCCAGAUGGCUGCCAAGAGUGCAGCUGUAACUUGCAAGGCACUUACGAGAACCAAGGAUGCAACGUCUACAGCGGCGAAUGCGUCUGCAAACGCUACGUCACUGGCCGCGACUGCGACCAAUGUCUACCCGAACACUGGGGCUUGUCGGAGGCUCGCGACGGCUGCAAACCUUGCGAAUGCGAUCCUGGCGGUUCAUACGACAACAACUGCGAUAUCUUGACCGGCCAGUGCAAGUGCAGACCGCACGUUACCGGAAGGACUUGCUCUCAACCGGAGCAAGGUUUCUUUGCCGGACUGCUGGACUACCGCAUUUACGAAGCCGAAUACGGCGGCAUCUCUGAUCGCGCCCAGCUCCAAAUCCGCGAGCCUUAUCGUGAUCGCGACCCCAGCUGGACUGGUCCUGGUUUCGUCCGCGCUGUAGAGGACUCUUCCAUCCAAUUCACUUUGGAUGCCAUUAGCCAGUCGAUGGAAUACGAUUUGGUUAUCCGCUACGAACCUCAACUGUCUGGACAAUGGGAGGAUGUUCGGGUUGUUAUCGAACGUCCUGAUGAAGUCGAUCCCGAUGGACCGUGUGCUAACCUGAACAAUCAACAAGGACCUCCCGGUAGUGGCGGUUUGGAAAUUUCACGAAUUUCGCUUCCGUCUGGCGCCCGUCACGCCGUCGUCUAUCCGCCUACUUGCCUGGAAGCCGGCAAGAAAUACAACGUUCGUCUGGAGUUCAAGUCUUACGACUCGAACCAGGAAACGCCAUCGGCCGCUGUUCUCAUCGAUUCCAUCACGGUAGUUCCACGCGCCGAUUCGAUUCCUUUCCUGGGCGGAUCACCUGCUGCCGACUACCGCCGCCAGGAAUUCGAACACUACCGCUGCGCUCAGUACUUUUAUUCGGUGGUCAAGACCAACAUUCCCGAAGUCUGCCGUAAACAUUUGUACAGCAUCGGUUUCUACGUCCUCGGAGCGGGUUUCGAGUGCCAGUGUGAUCCUACCGGAUCCUUCAGUGGCAUCUGUGACUCCCUAGGUGGUCAAUGCUCAUGCAAAGCCAACGUCGUGGGAAGGAAAUGUGACCAGUGCGCACCGGGCACUUUUGGAUUCGGUCCAGAAGGUUGCACGCCCUGUGAGUGCAACCCUGUCGGCUCUCUUGAUAACUUUUGCGACAGCGGAACUGGACAGUGCCGUUGCCGGCCCAAUACCUACGGCCGUGUCUGCGACCAGUGCCAACCAGGCUACUGGAACUUCCCUUCGUGCCAACGUUGUGAGUGUAACGGACAUGCUGAUCUUUGCGAUUCACGGACAGGACGGUGCCUGGACUGUCGUGAUUUUACAACUGACGAGCAUUGCGAUCGUUGUCUGGACAGUUAUUACGGAGAUCCUCGUUUGGGCGUUGAUAUCCCGUGUCGAGCUUGCCCGUGUCCUGGAACCAUCAAUUCAGGCCACUCUUACGCUCCUCGUUGCUCGCUGGAUCGCGAAACCCAAGACGUGGUCUGCGAAUGCCAAGAAGGCUAUGCCGGCCCACGCUGCGACGUUUGCGCCGACAACUAUUUCGGAAAUCCCGACAUACCGGGCGGACAGUGCCGGCCUUGUCAGUGUAGCAACAAUAUUGACCUCUCUCGACCGGGCAACUGCGAUGGACGGACGGGCGAAUGUCUUCAGUGUUUGUUCAACACGGAAAGCUUUAGUUGUGAGCUUUGCCAGAAGGGCUUCUUUGGCGACGCCCUGUCCCAGCAAUGCACACCGUGCGUCUGCAACCUCCUUGGCAGCGACUCGUCAUUGGAAGGGCCGUCGGUCUGUAAUCGCCAGUCGGGCCAGUGUCCUUGUCUACCCAACGUCGAGGGCCUGUCCUGCGAUCGCUGCGCCGUCGACCACUGGAAAAUCGCAUCGGGCGAAGGUUGCGAGGCCUGUAAUUGCGACCAAGUCGGUUCUCUUUCUACCCAAUGUAACGAAUUCGACGGCCAGUGCGAAUGUCGUGACGGAUUCGGCGGGCGGAAAUGUGAUCAGUGCCGCGCUAAUUAUUGGGGUAAUCCAUCUGACAACUCGUGCCGGCCUUGCAACUGCGAUCCGCAGGGUUCUUCCACCCAGCAAUGUCAUCACGCCACAGGCGCUUGCGUCUGUCUGCCCGGUAUGGGUGGUGAAAAGUGCGACCGAUGCGCUCGCGGAUACGUCGGCGCGAUCGUUCCUGAUUGCCAACCUUGCGGCGAAUGUUUCGACAACUGGGAUCGCAUUCUCCAGGAAUUGCGCGGACAAACGGAGCAAGUUGUUGUUGCCGCCGGACAAAUCCGUGAAACGGGCGCUACUGGUGCUUACACUCGCGAGUUUGAGACGAUGGAGGCUAAAUUGACAGAAGUACGGACUCUACUUGUCAACACAACCCUCAGCGGCCGCGAAUUGUCGCAACUGGAACAGCUUUUCGAUUCUAUCAAAACCAAUUUGACAUUAGCUGGGCAAGGAAUGGACGGGUUGGAUGACACAGUUGAAAACACAACCCAACGUAUUUUCUCCGUUAAUCUCUCCCUCACAAACCUAAGAACCAAAGCAACUGACCUUCAAAUGGCGGCUCAGUCACUCAAGGAUAAUGCCACCAAACUUCAAGAAGCCAACGUUGAAGGAGCUCUCAACCUGACCCGCGAAGCUCGUCAACGAUCGCAGAAAGCGCAGGAUCGUGUCGAAUUCACUCAACAACCUGUCAGCGAUUCAGAGCGACAGCGUAGGAGGACGGAAGCCUUGUUGUCACGCGUCGCUCCACAGCUGGGCGAGAGCCAACAGCGAAACGCAGCUGAACUAGCUGAUCUUGGUGCUCGUCUGGCUGUCGUUGAACGCUCUUUACCCGAGCUUAACGACGCUGUCUGUGACGGACGUGGGGAUCCAUGCGACAGCUUGUGUGGUGGCGGAGGAUGCGGGAAAUGCGGAGCUCUGUCAUGCGAUGAAGGAUCUGUUACGAAAGCCGAAAAUGCGCUCAGCUUAGCUAAAGAAGCGGAAGGCAUUCUGCGCAAUCGGCAAGCCGAAUCGGAAGAGAUGAUGCGUGGCGUACGCCAGGCUGAGACUGAAGCGGAGAAUGCCCGUAGUCUGGCACGUGAGGCACUUCUGGCUGCCGAGUCGGCUCAGAACCGAUCCGAAGCAGCCAAGGCCGAAGUGGACGAACUGAUGAACCAGAUCGACGAAUUCCUUGAAGAGUCCGGAGCCAGUCCGGCCGACAUCCGCUCUCUUGCCACCGAUGUUUUGUCCAAGGGUAUUUCGUUGCGACCGGAGCAAAUCACCGACCUUGCCCGACGCAUCAACGACACCAUCUCUUCCCUGACCAACAUUGACGCCAUUCUGGCCGAGACUUCGGGAGAUUUAGCUUCCGCUAAGGCGCUCAAGGAUCGUGCUGACGCUGCCAAAGCUCACGCUCAGGGUAUUCUUACUGUUGCCCAGCAAGUGCUCGAAUCGUUGGCCGCCGCCCAAGCCGCUCAAGACAAGGCUCAAGAGGCUAUUCAAACAGCUGACAAGGAUAUUAGCGCAGCUGAAUCGCAUCUAACGCAGAUCGCUAGUGAGACGGCCGACGCUCAAGUCAAAGCUAGUGAAUCUGUCCAGGAGGUCGAGGGCCUACGGGAAAGGUUACGCGAAUUGCAGCGGAAGCUGAUAAAGAACGAGCGAGAUGUUAAAGAAGCCGCCCGUGAGUCCGAUGUGGCCGCUUCGCUAGCCACGCGCGCCGGACAGGGUGCCUCUGAGCUUGACAUUGCUUAUCAACGUGCCCUGCGCGCUCUGGAGGAGAAGACGUCAAGAAGUGGCGAUGCCCGCGAACGCUCCGCCCGUCUUCAAGAUAAGGCCAAUCGGCUAACAGCUAGCGUUGUGGCCAAAGUUCAAGAACUCAAAGAAAUGGAGGAUGAAUACUUGUUGCAUGAGCGUCGGUUGACAGACCUUUCUGAGCAAGUUAUGGCCAUGAAUGUGCGCAUGACCGACUACUUGCAAGUCAUUAGCGACCGCUCAGAGUUUUACCGCACCUGCCAAAAGUAGAAAGUUAGAAACCCGAUAGCAUCGAAACUUCCACUGCCGCUCGUCUUCCGGACAGUUGCAUUACCCUCUCCAACCGAGCAUCCGUCAAUAGUCCAUCAUCUUUUUUUUUUAAAUUACGUUAUCCAAAUCUACCGAAUUCAAUUGUCAGCGUAUAGCAGUCUCCUCCCUCUACUUGCAUUUGAUGUACAUUUUUGGUCGAGAAACAAUAUCAAUUACCGUGAAUCUUCUUCCCCCCCCCACUCAAAAGGUGCCUUCUUGAAAUAACCGCAGCGUGCCAAAUUUGUUUUCUCUUCAAGCUUUCCCAAUGUUUUCUUUUUCACGUUUUUUUUCAUAUGAUCUUGUGUGACUAGACCGUUUCCAAACGGGUUUACUAUAAUCUUUUCGGAUUCCUUUUUACAGACAGAAUCUUGUGCCUAAAAAAAAAAUUCUUAACAAAAUUAAACGACAGAAUGUAAUGGUCGCUUGUUUUAUCCAACCUAUACACCCAAACUCAUUCCCCAUUUUCAUUGCUAUGAUCCUUCUUCUCCCCUUCCACCUAAACAGUGUGUUCACCCUAAGACAUCACUUAACUAUUAUUGUUUAAGACUGUGGAACGAUAAAACAAUAAAUGCGACAUUACGUACCAG